GCGUGUGGCACCUCAGUCGAGCUGGAGAGGAGGAGAGAGGGGGUGCUGCGCGGUGGGAGCGUGGCUGUCACUGCGCCCCAGCAUCCCUGAGAUUCCCGGACCGCCGAGCCGGCCGUGCGCGCAUCCACAGCCCGGCGCCCCUCGCAGCGCUUGCCGAACCCCCCGCCUGCGCGCGUCUCGGACUUAGCACAAAGCACGUUUCCCCAAGCAGCGCGGGGAGCUCGGCAGCGCGCCGCCGCCGCCGCCGCACGCACCCUGCCCUCCUUUGUUCUGGGGGUGGGCGGCUGCUCUUUUCCCCACGUCUUCGGAAUCCCCUCUCGGGGUGGCGGGCCACCGAGUGCAGCUGCGAAGAUGCCCUUGGAGCUGACUCAGAGCCGGGUGCAGAAGAUAUGGGUGCCCAUCGACCACCGGCCCUCGUUGCCCAGAUCCUGUGGGCCGAAGCUGACCAACUCCCCCACAGUGAUUGUCAUGGUUGGCCUCCCCGCGCGGGGUAAGACUUACAUCUCUAAGAAGCUAACUCGCUACCUCAACUGGAUUGGUGUCCCAACGAAAGUGUUCAACGUAGGAGAAUAUCGCCGAGAGGCUGUGAAGCAAUACAGCUCCUAUAACUUCUUCCGCCCUGACAAUGAAGAAGCCAUGAAAGUCCGAAAACAGUGUGCCUUAGCUGCCUUGAGAGACGUCAAGAGUUACCUGACAAAGGAAGGGGGACAAAUUGCAGUUUUUGAUGCCACCAAUACCACUAGAGAGAGGAGACACAUGAUACUUCAUUUUGCCAAAGAAAAUGAUUUCAAGGCAUUUUUCAUUGAGUCCGUGUGUGAUGACCCUACAGUUGUAGCCUCCAACAUCAUGGAAGUGAAAAUCUCCAGCCCAGAUUACAAAGACUGCAACUCGGCAGAAGCCAUGGACGACUUCAUGAAGAGAAUCAGUUGCUAUGAAGCCAGCUAUCAGCCCCUCGACCCUGAUAAAAGUGACAAGGACUUGUCACUGAUCAAAGUGAUCGAUGUUGGCCGGAGGUUUCUGGUGAACAGAGUCCAGGACCACAUCCAGAGUCGAAUUGUGUACUAUCUGAUGAACAUCCACGUACAGCCGCGUACCAUCUACCUGUGUCGGCAUGGCGAGAAUGAAUAUAACCUGCAGGGCAAGAUCGGGGGUGACUCGGGCCUGUCCAGCAGAGGCAAGAAGUUUGCCAAUGCUCUGAGCAAGUUUGUCGAGGAGCAGAACCUGAAGGACCUCCGGGUGUGGACCAGCCAGCUGAAGAGCACCAUCCAGACAGCGGAAGCUCUUAAACUCCCCUAUGAGCAGUGGAAGGCACUCAAUGAGAUCGAUGCUGGCGUCUGUGAGGAGCUGACCUAUGAGGAGAUCAGAGACACGUACCCUGAGGAGUAUGUGCUGCGUGAGCAGGACAAAUACUACUACCGCUACCCGACUGGCGAGUCCUACCAGGACCUGGUCCAGCGCCUGGAGCCAGUGAUCAUGGAGCUGGAGCGCCAGGAGAACGUAUUGGUCAUCUGUCAUCAGGCUGUCCUGCGCUGCCUACUGGCCUACUUCUUGGAUAAGAGCGCAGAGGAGAUGCCCUACCUGAAAUGUCCCCUUCACACCGUUCUGAAACUGACACCUGUUGCUUAUGGUUGCCGUGUGGAAUCCAUCUACCUGAAUGUGGAGUCCGUGAGCACACACCGGGAGAGGUCAGAGGAUGCAAAGAAGGGACCUAACCCGCUCAUGAGACGCAAUAGUGUCACCCCACUAGCCAGCCCCGAGCCCACCAAAAAGCCUCGCAUCAACAGCUUUGAGGAGCAUGUGGCUUCUACUUCUGCUGCCCUGCCCAGCUGCCUGCCCCCGGAAGUGCCCACGCAGCUGCCCGGACAACCUUUGCUAGGGAAAGCCUGUCUACGAACUGUCUGUCACAUUUUCUCAAAGUUUUCUCCUUACUAACCUUGGAAAGAACAUGAAAGGCUCCCGGAGCAGCGCCGACUCCUCCAGGAAACAUUGAAUGAAGCAGACACAUCUCAUUCCGUUCCACUUCCAUAUCUGCAGCUUAGCUUGUGCCCUCCCAUCUGCCCAAGGCCAAAGUGAUCCCAAGGACUUCUGCACAAGAAUGACUGGAGAAAAGGGAUCUGCCAGUUAAGAGCAGCUACACCCCUGUAGCAUCAGAAUGGCUGAGACACCAGAAAGCCAUGUGGAUUGUUGGAUCCUUGGCAGUGAGCUUUGGCCUCUCCACCUUCUGCUCUUCUGAGUCUUCCAGGGCUGUUUGGCCUCCCAGAUGCCCCACAAGGCUUGGGGAGGACGAAGAGUAGAGAAGGAGCUGAGAAAGGCUCUGAGAGGGCCCUGUUGUGCUGUUUUGUUUUAUGAUCCUGCCCUGGCAUGAUCCUAACUGGAGAGACAAAACUGGCAAAGAAUCUUGAAACUAUUGGAGAACUGGAUCCUGACUGCUGAAGGCCAAGGCCUGCUUGAAAAUUUCCACAUGGAUCCAUUGUGCAUCAUAGCCUGGGACAAUGCUGUGUAGAGACUUGGGCAUGGGCUGAGUUGGGACCUCUUCUCCUGAGAAGCUCUCGAGCUGAGACUUACAUGGCAGCUGAGCAGGGACAUGCCCUGACUCCCCUGCAUGUCCUCACACCUUCCAGCCCUGAAUUCAAGGACAGUCCAGCUUCACAGGCAGAAGGAUGAAUUCUGCUGAAAUAGGAUAACUGGGGCCUCCCUUUCGCAGGGAGCUCUGAGCAUCCUUUGGUCUCCUACCUGGACUUGGAGGUACCCUGAGCGAUUUGGUGUCUUGGAGCUGCUUGCUUUUGCACUUUUUUGUGGCAGAAGUAUGAUCUAAAAGUUGCACCUUCUCUUCAGGAACUUGCAGUAGAUGUUGGGGUGUUAGGCCCUUGGGGGGUUUGGAGUCUCUGAAUGUGAGGAGUUGGAGAUACCUAUGAGAUGGAGAAGCUUGGAGCAUUUGACUCCUUGCAAGGCCAAUUGUGAGAUGACGUGGGGAACACCUGACCUCCUUCCUUGGGGACAUUCAUUACCUGCCACCCAUGUUCUCCAGGUGGGAAUGAUGGCCCACUCAAGCAUCAUGUGCAGAGAUCAUCUGCAUGUUUUUGUUGAGUGCUGUAUACCUGGCAUCGUGUUGGGAACCUUGAGGAGUAGACUAUCAUCCUUGCUUUGUCUUUAUGGCAUCCAUGAUAUUUUGCAGAGAUUGAAAAAGCUGGGUUUAUGUAGUUCUAAACUCCUGUAGUUUCUGCCUCCGUUUUUCUUCCCUCAUCCCCUCAAAUACCAGGGCAGGGGAGGAUGUCUGUGUCCAGAGGAAAUCAUUUGGAAACUCAGCAGUAUAAUAACCCUUUCAAGGAUGUCUCAAAGCUGGUACCAAAGGUUACUUUUUUCCCCUGCCUUCUGAUGAGCCCUGAGACUGUGCUCUCCCCAGCUCAAGGAGGCAGAUCCUGAAAUGAGGAUGGGAGAUGAACACAUCUGAAGCUGGGAGUAAAGAAUUAUUUCUGUUGGCUUGAGAGGAGCUGUUAAAGGACACAUUACCCUGAUUGAGAUUAAGUGGGAAAUGGAGACAUGCAUCAAUCAGAUGCUGUUCCAUCAAGUUUGUGUUUCUUCACACUGAACCAUUUAAAUCCUCCCUAUCCACCCCAUGACCUUUUAAUUGGCAGGCUAUCAAGGGAGGAGAGAAGGGCUAUGUGUAGAUCCUUGGGCAGCUUAAGACUUGGGCUGUUUUUUCCCCUGCCACUGUCUUGGGUCUUGGCAGGCUGUUUGCAGGUUGCUAAUUUCUUUCAACCUGAGGAACCUGUAACUUUGCUCCUGAGACUGUUUCUUACUUGUCACUUUCUAGCCUCAUCCUCUCUGUAUUAAUAUAGACUCUCAAGUCUGAUGCAGAAAAGGGCUGGGGGAGGGUGUGGUCCCUUCUUACCUCUGCUGACCCAGAGUCAGUACACACAUGAAGAAAGCUUUGCCUCGCAUGAGACUUCAUUUUGGUAAAGGUAGAUGGGAGAGGCCUUGGAGAAGGCUUCAUUUGAAAGCAAGUGAGUUGCCUUCGAGAAGGCUUGGGGGAGAGGGGCUGAGCUGUAGUCAUGGAACUUUUGCUUCAACUGGUUUUCUCCCCUCCCCCUUCUUCAAAAUAAAAUGAAAUAAAACCGGGACCAAUUUUUUUUUAAACUUUGCAUAUUGGUUUUUGAGUGAACUUCCCUCUCUCCUUCCACCACAGGCAAAGCUCUUCAUUUUCGGGGGCAAAGAAAUACUGAACCACACCAAUGAUAUUUUCGUUUGUAAUACUUGAAAUUUAUUUUUUUAUUAUUUUGAUAGCAGAUGUGCUAUUUAUUUAUUUAAUAUGUAUAAGGGAGCCUAAAAAUAGAAAGCUGUAUAGAUUGAGUUUAAUUGUUAAUUGGUUUGGGGGCCUUUUAUGUGUGACUUACGACUUCUCUGUGUUCUGUAUAUUUGUCUGAAUUAUUGACCUGGGUUGAAGCUGUGCUGGCUUUCAAACAGGGAACGCCUUUGAGAAAUUUGUAUAUUUUGCAAUUGCCAGACCAAUAAAAUAACUGGUUGAAAUACA